CUCCCUCACUCAAAUACAAAAAAUAUAUUACACUAAAAGUAAAAAAAAUGCCAAUCUCCAGUAUUGCCAUUGGAACUCCGGCGGAAGCAAGCUCGCCGGAUGCCCUGAAAGCCGCCCUUGCGGAGUUCAUUUCGAUGCUCAUUUUUGUUUUCGCCGGCGAAGGCGCCGGGAUGGCUUUUGGAAAGUUAACUGAUGGUGGUGCAGCGACACCGGCCGGUCUUAUUUCCGCAUCAAUAGCGCAUGCUUUUGCGCUGUUUGUGGCAGUGUCGUGUCUCGGGUCCGUUGUUGCUUGCUUGCUUUUAAAAUUUGCAACCGGAGGUUUGGAAACAUCGGGCUUUUGCACUUUCAUCGGGUGUGGGAGAGUGGAAUGCAGUUGUGUUUGA